AUGUUUUUGUUGUUUUUGGUUGUGUUUGUUUGUUGUGGACUCUGUGGUAGCGAAGAAGGUGACUUAGGAUAUAGUUUAAGAAUCGGGAAUGCCAUUGAUGUAUUUGCGAACUAUGGCGAUUUAUCUCAAGUGACACAAGUAGUAUCGGCUGACUAUGAAGACUCAGAUAUGGUAGAGCCGUUCAGAGAGAAGAAUAUCAAAGUGUUUGAUAAUGUUACCAGUAAAGAGUCCCCGGGGGACGCUAUGGUCGACAUGAAUAUACUACUUUGUGAAACGUUUGAAGACCUACUAACCACCUACUUCCAGAAUUUUAACAUAGAAGGUACAGAAAAACCAUGGAAAGCAUUCUUAGGCGAUUGGAUACACGACGAAAUUAUGAGAACGUUCGGCAUAGAGUUUGACUUCAAACCUGACAAUUGCUGUUAUGUCUUGGUUAAGUUGUCUAAAGUUCACAAAUCAGUACAAAUGGACUCUACUAAAGACGUUCGCGUAAAAGCGUACGUUCAAAGGGAAAUAGAUCGUUUGAACGCAAGCGACACGACAUCAGUCAGAAGAUUUAUGAAGAGCUAUGGGACGCACUAUAUAGACUCGUAUGUAACUGGGAAUUUUAUUUAUCAGGUUUUCAAAUACAAGAGAAGUGGCUACAAUCUUCUAAAGUCAUACAUCCGUCUUCGGGAACGGCGAAAAAUGAAUUCCGAUAACUUAAGGUUUUACUUCUCCUCAUACUUUUUAAAACAAGUCGGAGAUAUACGGAUCGCGAGUGGAAAUAAAACAAUAGAAGAAUGGGCGAGAGACAACCUCCGAGAUAGCCAAUAUUUAUAUUCAAGACCUAGUUUACUGCGGCUACAUUACAACUCAGUAUUAGCGUUCAAACUAAACAAAAUGUUAGACAAUGGAGCACUAUUGGGCUUAGGACUUAAAAUCCUACGGCCAUUAUUUAAAGAUCGAUAUAAAAGAGAUAAAUAUGGAGAAAUCGUUGAAAAUGAUAUGAAAUUGUGGGAAAUUAAUGCU